AUAAAUUAUCAAUGGCUAAGUCAAAGAAUGCUACCUCUCAUCAUAAUGCCCGUAAACAUCACAGAAAUGGUAUUAAAAAGCUCCCCAAUCAAAGAUAUAGAACAUUGAAAGGAUGCAACUAAAGAUUCGCAAAAAAUAGAAGAUUUGCUAUCAAGAACGAUCCUUCCAUCAAAAAGAAUAAGAGUGUUGAAACAAGAUUAGCCAAAAGAAAAGCAAAUAAAAAUAUACAUUGAUCAUGACGUACACAUAUAAAUAUCAUACAUUAAAUUGCUUAACAUUUAUAUUAUCUCAAA